AUGGGCUGGGACGGCGAUGAAGACGGCGAGACGAAGCGCCAGAAGCACAUUUCGUUUGAGGACGGCAGUCUGGACGGCAGCGAUGAGGACGAGGGAGCCGUCGAGGUCACCUUCGACAAUGGAAACCCGUACAGGAGAAAGAGCUCGCUCGUCACGUCCGAGGCACCUGCGCCCAGGACGAAGCGCAUCCCGCCCGGCCAGCGCGCCGAAUGCGUUGUCCAUCAGUUGAUCGAGGACCAGCGACGCUCGCGACACUCUUCCGCCGCGAGCUCGCCCAACCGCAACCAGUACCGCGCGCAUCCGAUAUACACGCAUCCGAACCACCACGACGGCGCCGUGGACAUUAGCAAGGAGCGGAGGAUGGACCGGAUCAUCGAUCUCAAGAGCCCCGGCGACCAGCAAAAGUGCCGUGCGGUGGUCGACACCGACUGUCUCGACGAGGAUGCCGGCCUUGGACAGGUGGACCAGAAGGUAUGGACCAAGGAGAUGACCAAGACGGACUCCGAGACGGACCUCACCCACCACCACUCGUACGAGAACAUACACAGCCGCAUGUUGACCAAGAAGCAGCUGAGCGACAUGGCGUGGGGGGUCCGAGAGCUGAGCAGGCGGCUGAGCAGCAUGCGCAUCCGCUUUCGGGUGAGGACCAUCUUUCUACUGACAAAGAUCCACGACUCGGAUCUGAUCUGCAACACGCGGGCGCUGGCCCAGUGGCUGCUCAGCAAGGAGAGGGACGUCAAGUACGUUGUGUACGUGGAGAAGAUUCUCAAGACCAACAAGAAGUUUGACGUGGCAAGGAUGAUGGACGAUCUGGUUCGCGAAUACGCCCAAGAAGGCGGCGUGGACGAGGACAGCGCCCGGGAUGACAUUCAGAAACGCCUCCGGUACUGGGAUGAAUCCAUGUGCAGGGCGCGGCCGCACCAGUUUGACUUUGUCAUCACCCUCGGAGGAGACGGCACCGUCCUGUACGCGAGCUGGCUGUUCCAGAGGAUCGUGCCGCCGGUCCUGAGCUUUGCGCUGGGCAGUCUCGGCUUCUUGACCAAGUUUGACUUUGAGGACUACAAGCCGAUUCUCAGCUCUGCCUUCUCCAAGGGCGUGACGGUCAGCUUGAGGCUUCGCUUCGAGUGCACGGUGAUGAGGAGCGUGCGAAGGAAGACGCCCGAGCCCGAGUCUGAGGAGGACGGCGACGAGUCGCACUAUAGGCGGGAUCUGGUGGAGGAGCUGAUUGGCGAGGAGAACGAGGAUGAGCGGACGCACAAGCCGGAGGGGACGUAUGAGAUAUUGAAUGAGCUCGUGGUUGACCGAGGACCAAACCCAACAAUGUCGUAUACGGAAAUCUUUGGAGACGAUGAGCAUUUUACCUCGGUGCUCGCGGACGGCAUCUGCGUGUCUACGCCAACGGGCUCGACGGCAUACAACCUCGCCGCCGGAGGCUCGUUGUGCCAUCCCGAAAAUCCCGUGAUGCUCGUCACGUCCAUCUGCGCUCACACGCUGUCCUUUAGGCCCAUCAUCCUGCCGGACACCAUCGUGUUGCGGGUUGGCGUGCCCUACAACGCAAGGACGUCGUCGUGGGCCAGCUUUGACGGGCGGGAGCGGGUGGAGCUGAAGCCCGGCGACUAUGUGACUGUGAGCGCGAGCAGAUAUCCGUUCGCGUCGGUGCAGACGGAGGGUCGGAGGAGCGAGGAUUGGAUCAAUAGUAUAAGCGGGAAGCUGGGAUGGAAUACGAGGCAGAAGCAGAAGGGCUUCAAGGAGUGGGAUAGCUGA